CGGACAGCUAGGGCACAUGCUUUUCACUGAUUCGUUCUUCGUACCUAGUCCCCGCAAUCGUCUUCAGGGAUCUGUCCUCUCGUCAGGAGCCGCUAUGGACGACUCAAGCAUGUUCAUGGAGUGGGCCAUGGAGACGCUGCAGCACGAGUACCCGGCGGCCGAUGCCUACGCCGUCGACGACGACCCAUUCCCGACAUUGCAAGAUCUCCACUGCCCAGAGCUACAGAACGGCACGGCCCCUGCAGCCCCAGAUGGCCACCGACUCCUCGCCACGGACAGCUGGAGCUCAGGCGACAGCGGCCGUGAGAACACGCCAAGAGGCGCGGUCGUGGAGAACGACGGCGGGUCGUCCAACCGUAGCGUCGGUAGCACAACCUACCCACCCGUGGGCUGGAACUUGACCUCCACCAUGCCGCAGCCGAGCAUUCACGAUGAGAUCACGCCCACCGCACACUCACCAGCGCAUGACGUGCCUCUGCCGGCGCAAAGGCCGCCGGCGUCAAGGAAACGCUCCUUGAAGAGCGCCGCCAGUACGGAGACGGGGCAGACGUCCUCGCCGGAGCCGUGCGUGCAGGAACACGUCAUGGCUGAGAGGAAGCGCCGCGAGAAGAUCAACCGCCGCUUCAUCGAGCUCUCCACUGUCAUCCCCGGCCUCAAGAAGAUGGACAAGGCGACGAUCCUGUGCGACGCUGUGAGGUACGUCAAGGAGCAGCAGGAGAAGCUCAAGGAGCUCGAGGACCGCAACGUGAGGAGCGUCGACUCGGUUGUGCUUGUCAAGAGGCCCUGCAUCGCCACCAAAUCGGAUGGCACGGCGACGAACGGGAACUCGCUGCCGGAGAUCGAGGCGAGGAUCUCGGAGAGCACCGUCAUGGUGAAGAUCCAUUGUGAAGACGGCAAGGGGGUGCUUGUCAAGUUGCUCGCCGAGGUCGAGGGGCUUCACCUCAGCAUCACGCACACCAAUGUCAUCCCCUUCCCAUCUUGCACUGUGAACAUAACCAUCAUGGCAAAGGUGGAAGAGGGGUUCAACAACGCACCGGAGGAAAUUGUAUCGAAGCUUCACGCAGCGUUGCACUGAUGUCAUAGCUGAUCAUAAUAAUUAUGAUAUGGCCAGAUCAAUAAAACAUGGAGACAUCGAGACCGAAGAAGCAACAAUCAGUUGGCCCCUUAAGUUCCAAAAUAAGAAGCGGAAUAAAUUCAUGUGUGAGACUGUGUUUUUUCUAUGCUAUAAUAAGUUCACGUUUUAGUUUGUCGAAUAAAUCCACGUUUUAGUUUGUCGAAUAAAUUCACGUUUUUGUAGUAUAAUUAUCUGUACUUGCUGUGAUUAGACGGGCCAAUUAAUGAACCAUCUCUC